AUGAAAAUUUAUUCAAUCUUUGUAUUAUCUUUCUUGAUAAUCUCUGUAUCUUCUCAAGCAGAAUGUAGAGGAAAAGUCUGUAAAAAAUUGUACCAACAAAUAGAACAAAAAAUUAUUAACUUUAACAAACAAUUCGAUGCUCUUGAGGCAAAAGGAAGGCAAUUGAUGGUUCGUUAUGAAGAAGAAAAAUCAGACUUACAACUCGUUCUUGACCCUGAAGCUCGUCAAAAAAUUCGUGACGUUACAAAUAACUUAAUGACUGCAUACAAAGAAUUACCUAAACAAAAAGAUAUCAUUUUACGUGAAGUUGUAAGAACUUUAAGACCUCUAGCUCCAGGAUUACAAAGACGUUUAUUAAGAAAACAUGGUCUAAUGUAUCGUUUCGCUCCUGAAUAUAAUGCAAAUUUAGCAAGAUUUAUGAAAGCCAAGUUUGACUAA